GAUCAUCACCCAAAAAACAUUCAUUGUGAUUUUGGUGUGCAUGACGUUCUAUGACCAGUGAAUUAUCAAAAUAUUAAAAACAACCACAUUUCUGAAAUGUCACGAAUAUAGGAGAAAACUUUAAACGCACUACCGUUUGUUUACCAGUCAUUUGAGGCACGGCAGAAAGGAGAAAAAUCACAAAGGGCUGGAGGCGCAGGCACGUUAGUUGAGUGCAUGGAAGUGGAUGCAUGUUUAAACUCAGGGAUGGAGAUGGAGCUGGAACCAGAACUGGAGCUGGAACCAGAGUUGGAGGAGGAGUUAGGAGUGUCUUUGGAUGAGCUGCGCAAGUGGAUCGAGGAGCAGGUGGACGGCAGCGAGGCCGUGCAGAAGAGGAAAGCUGAUCUGGAGCAGCUGCAGAACUGGGUUGAGCAGCGUGAGAAGGAGGUUGCUGACAUCGAUGCUCUUUGCUCCAAUGCCUCAGAGUCUGUGGUUCAGUGUGAAGCUCUGGUGAAGGAAGUGUACAGUAACAUGGGUUUAGUGUAUCGUGAAAGCAGCUCAGAUGAUGAGGGAGGAGACAAGGCAAACCCCUCUGAGGUCAUCGAGAUCGAUGAUGAUGAUGACGACGAUGUCAUUGCUGUGGGAUGUUUGGUUCCUCCCAAGAAGGGUUUAACUCAAGCCAAGGACCCAGCGUUUAAGGAGGCUUCAGCUGCGCUUCAAAGAACAUCUCAGCAGGUGCAGAACCUGGCUCAGACUGUCAACAGAACGGCCCAAUCAGGGGUCACUACACCAGUUAAAACAGGGGGCCCUGCCGGACAAGGUCCUCUAGCUGUUCCAGCAGUGUUUAUGUCCUCAGCCCCAAGAAACACGCCCACUCAACCAAACCCUAAUAUAAAACAGGACAGUAUCAAGAUAAACAUGACACUAUUGGGUAAAAAACGAACCAAGACGUGGCAUCGUGGAACACUUGUUGCCAUCAAGCAAGUGGGCAACAAUCUUAAGUACAAAGUCAGGUUUGAGAAUAAGGGGAAGAGUCUUCUCUCUGGGAAUCAUGUGGCCUUUGAGUACCACCCAACACUGGAGAGACUGUUUGUUGGAGCCCGUGUUGUUGCCAGGUACAAGGAUGGUAAUCAAGUCUGGCUGUAUGCAGGCGUAGUCGCUGAGAUGCCCAACAGCAAGAACCGUAUGAGGUUCCUGAUCUUUUUUGAUGAUGGUUAUGCCUCGUAUGUGGGCUUGCCUGAGCUCUACCCUAUCUGCAGACCACUGAAAAAGACCUGGGAGGAUAUUGAGGAUGCGUCCUGCAGAGAUUUCAUUGAGGAGUAUAUCACAUCGUAUCCUAACAGACCCAUGGUGCUGCUGAAGCCAGGGCAAAUUAUAAAAACCGAAUGGGAGGGAACAUGGUGGAAGAGCCGUGUGGAAGAAGUGGAUGGCAGCCUUGUGAAAAUGCUCUUCUUGGAUGAUAAGCGAAGUGAAUGGAUUUAUCGUGGCUCUACACGACUAGAACCCAUGUUUAAUCUGAAAAUGAACACUGCUAACAGUCAAGAAAAGAAAAUGGCUGGUCAACAAAGACAGCGGCCUAAUAUGGGAGCACUGAGGACAAAGGGCCCUGUAGUGCAGUACACCAGCGACAAUAGUGCUGCUGCUGCCGCUGCUGCAGCUACUGGUAGUGGUGCCGCCACUCCAGGCACUCCUACUCGUCCUGUAGCCCCCCAGCCUGCCGGACCCCCACAACCGACCCGCACAGAGAGUCCUAGUUUUAAGAGUCAAAUGGCUAAGAAGAGCACUGGUCAACUCGUACUGCAGCCUCGUCAGGGCAUGCCCUCUGACCUGCAGCCUAAACCACUAAUCAAUGCUCUUCAGACCAAUACAUCCAGGCUCUUCCUUCUGCAGUCUGGACCCGUGCACACAUUGACACCAAUCACACCAGCCCCUCAAACUGUGCAGACAGCUGUUUCGACCUACACAAAUGAGCGCAUUCCCCAGGAGCCCUCAUACCAGGCCCCAAAUGACCGACUCUUCUACCUUACACACAACUGCUCUCCAGAAUGUCUAAAGCGCAUCAGACCCACCCGUCCAAACCUGCACCGAGGUCGCAAUCCACUCCUCACACCAUUGCUCUAUGAAUUUCGCCGCAUGACUGGUCGCAGACGCCUUAACCGCAAGAUGUCAUUCCACGUCAUCUACAAGUCCCCGUGUGGCUUGAGUCUAAGGAAUAUGACCGAGAUUCAGCGCUACCUUUUCCAGACUCAGUGUGACUUCAUCUUCUUGGAGAUGUUCUGUCUAGACCCCUAUGUGCUGGUGGACCGCCGAUUCCAACCCCAGAGGCCCUUCUACUUCAUAAGAGACAUCACGAGUGGCCGUGAAGACAUUCCCCUGUCCUGUGUAAAUGAGAUUGACAACACGCCACCACCCAGCGUGGCCUACAGCAAAGAGAGGAUCCCAGAAGAUGGAGUAUAUAUUAACACCAGUGCAGACUUCCUGGUGGGCUGUGACUGCACCGAUGGCUGCAGGGACAAAUCCAAGUGCUCGUGUCAUCAGCUGACUCUACAGGCUACAGGAUGUACUCCAGGUGGGCAGAUCAACCCCAACGCUGGAUACCAUUACAAGAGACUGGAGGAAUGUCUUCCUACAGGGAUCUAUGAAUGUAAUAAGCGGUGUCGCUGUAAUAUGCAGAUGUGCACUAAUCGUCUGGUUCAGCACGGUUUGCAGGUCAGACUGCAGCUCUUUAAGACCCAGAAUAAAGGAUGGGGGAUUCGGUGUCUUGAUGACAUCGCCAAGGGCUCCUUUGUUUGCAUCUAUGCAGGAAAGAUCCUGACAGAUGACUUUGCCGAUAAGGAAGGUUUGGAAAUGGGCGAUGAGUAUUUUGCCAAUCUAGACCACAUUGAGAGCGUGGAGAACUUUAAGGAAGGUUACGAGAGCGAAGCCCACUGCUCGGACAGCGAAGGCAGCGGUGUGGACAUGAGCAGAGUUAAACUACCUGCUUCCUCCCGACACGGUAAAUCCAACAAGAUGGAGGAGCGUAACAGCAGCACAACUGGCAAAAGCCAAGAUGAUUCCUCUGAAGAGAGCGAUGAUGAAAAAGAUGACGACUCCAACGAGGACGAUAGCGACAGCUCAGAUGACACUUUUGUGAAAGACACAUAUUACACCACCAGCUCGGUGUGGAGGAGCUACACCACUCGCAGACAGGCCAAGGGAUUGAAGGAAGAGAGUCAAGACAGCAAGGAUGGACUGAGUGUUUCUGCAGGCGAGGACAGAAAGCCGCCCCACAUGCCAGAAGAGACUGGCAAGAGCAAAGUGGCAUCUUGGCUCACUAACCAGUCCUCCACUUCUGCCAAUCAGAGCGUCAAGGUGGAGGGAGGAAUAAAGUCCGAAAAGAAGGAUGUGAUGACUCUCUCCGACAGUGACGAUGUGCAAACUAUCAGCUCAGGAUCAGAUGACAAUAAGGAGAGAGAGAAGAAGACUCAGGCUGUGGUGAAGAGGCAGGUGGCAGUGAAGUCCACACGGGGCAUUGCUUUGAAGUCCCACAGUAUGAUGGUGAAAUCAGGGGGAGGGGGUGCAGGAGGCGGUGGGUCAGGCCCGUCUCAGGGGCAUGGGGGAGGUGGUGUAGACAAUGGCCCUAAAAACACCCGCCUGUUCUUUGAUGGGGAGGAAUCCUGCUACAUUAUUGAUGCCAAACUAGAGGGCAACCUCGGACGAUACCUCAACCAUAGCUGCAGCCCCAAUCUGUUUGUCCAGAAUGUGUUUGUGGACACUCACGACCUGCGCUUUCCCUGGGUGGCCUUCUUUGCUAGCAAGCGAAUCCGAGCAGGGACGGAGCUGACAUGGGACUAUAAUUAUGAAGUAGGCAGUGUGGAGGGCAAGGAGCUUCUGUGCUGCUGUGGAUCAACAGAAUGCAGAGGACGACUGCUGUAACACACACUUGAACACAUGCACUAAAGGUAUCUCCUGUUGGGCCACUGAACACUUACUUGGAGCUCUGGGAAGCUAGAUUAGUACAGAGAUGUCUGUGCUACUGAUAAGAACUCUGCAGACACUGAAUGAGGGGACAUUUGUUCAGGAACUUAUUGAAGUUGUAAAAUAGGUGUACAUGCGCAUGUCCUGCUUCACAGGCCUUCCGCCUUAAACCCUAAAUGGGCACAUGGUGUCUAUCACUGUGGUUAACGCAGUCCUUCCCAUUAAUAUCGCUCUUUUUUUCUUUUCUUUUUUUUACAUGUAUGCAAUCAUCAGUCUCAACACCCUUGUGAUUUUGCUUAGUUAUAUUUGUCCUCUUUUACAUCCUAUGUAGUUUUGAUAAUGAGGACCUGAGUGUUUUGUUUUAUCAUUUUAUUCAUGGUUUUGUGUUAUUGUAUGCUAAUGUGUAAAUGUGCUUUUGUUGGUCAGUAAGUUUAUGAAAACAGACAAAAUUGUACUUUUGUCACAAUUUGAAUUAAAGUUCUCCAAAGACCAUAAA